AAGACGGAAAAACCAAAUAAAACGCAUCAUUCAGCAGAAAAGAUAUCGCAGCAGCGACGUAACCGUAGACUUGAUGUUCAAAUUUCUGAAGACAAUUGUUUAGCAAGCGCAAUAUUUCAUGAGGUGUCAGCCUCUGGAUCAAAUGUGCCUAUCGGUAAUAGCGAUAUCGGUCGACAUCCUUCAGGGAAGUCUAAAGUACACUGAAGAGCGCAUACCGUGUAAUGCUGGAGGAAGCCUUCCAUCCUCUGGCGUGCCUCAGAGGAAAAAAAUCCGCGAUAUUAAACUUUACCUGCCAAAGGAACAAUGCCAUAAAUUAUGGGUAAAGCACAGAGAGCGACUUGGAUACCGAGGACAAACCAUGACGGAAUCAAUGUCCUCUUACAGGACCAACGUCCUCACCCCUUUGCUAAAAGCACUUCUGGAUGAACCGGAUGAUGUCAUUUUCAGCGCCCGAGCUAUGCCUUCCGAGGAAUAUGAGCAACUCCUGUUUCUUGAAUAUCCGUGGCUAGAACAGCGCAUCCAUACGCAGUCCACCUUUCCGAGUCUCUGGUCACUCAGAGCGCCCAUUUUUGACACUGCAGUGAGUCAACAUCUGACAUAGGAUACUUAUAACAAAUCGUUUCUUGUACAGUGCUCCAAAUGCAGGAAAGAUAGCAUCCGAUGCGAAGCAAGGGCAAUUGGUGCUUGC